UGAAUGACGCCACGCUCAAUGCUCAUGGACGCGCCUAAAAAUGUCCUACUAAUGUCAAGUUGACGUGAGUGGAGUUAGAGGUUAUAAUGUUGGAGUAGUCUGAGUCUUUUUGUGUCUUAAAAACGCGAAAAUUUUGAUCAAACUCGCACCCCGUGACUGAAAAAAUGAGCACGAAACUCAUUUUUCGUAGCGGAUUAACAAAAACCGAUCCGCAACAAACGCCAGUGUUGAUAAUCGGGCAAGUGAAGCAUUUAACGCAGUUGAAAUUUCAAGAUAUCAAAAGUAAGCUUGAACCUAGGGUUAGUGAAGACGUGUUCAAGGUUGCGGUCUCUAGUCUGCAUCCAUCACCGACUGAUAGCUGCUCUUUGUAUCUGAAUUUGGCUACGAUAGCCGCCUUGCCGGUCAAAUGUAGCCGACAUAAUACUCCUUCAAGGGCUCAUGCAAUCACCCGGCUAGUGCAGAGCUGCACAGUGGGACUCGACGAGAGCAUUGUGAUAAUUUGCGAACGUAACGAUGUAUACGCAAGUGGGUGUGCUGUGGCCCGGGCUUUUCCCCUCUACAGCCGCAAAACGGGUUCCAACACCACUGAAUAUUCAACAGUUUCGGUAGAAUUUGUAAUACUUCCCUCCAACUCAGAUGAAAUUGAUGGGAGUGAACUCACCGCCGAAGAAUUGAAAAUUCUCGAUGAUGCCGCGACUGGAAUUCGUCUAGCUGCCCGUAUUGUUGAUACUCCGUGCAAUGAAAUGAACGUCGAUCAUUUCCUUCAAGAAAUUCGCGAAGUCGGAGACGCUCUGAAAAUCCAACCGACAAUCAUCCGUGGCGAAGAACUGGCCGAAAGAGGCUUCGGGGGUAUUUACGGGGUGGGCAAAGCCGCUAGUGUUCCUCCAGCACUCGCAGUGCUUAGCCACACCCCUCAGGGGGCUCAUUCGACUAUUGCGUGGGUCGGUAAAGGCAUUGUUUACGAUACUGGUGGUUUGAGUAUCAAGGGAAAAACGGCUAUGCCGGGCAUGAAACGGGAUUGUGGAGGCGCUGCUGGGAUUCUGGGGGCAUUUUAUGCCGCAGUUAAGGCCAAUUUUACGCAGAAUUUACACGCCGUGUUUUGUUUAGCUGAGAAUGCUGUAGGCCCCAAUGCCACCAAACCCGACGAUAUUCACACUCUUUACUCAGGCCGCACUGUAGAAAUCAACAAUACCGACGCAGAGGGCCGUCUCGUCCUUUCAGACGGCGUCGCCUACGCUCAGAAAGAUUUAAAAGCCAACGUAAUUUUAGAUAUGGCAACGUUGACUGGAGCUCAGGGUGUCGCUACUGGUAAAUACCACGCCGCUGUGUUAACAAACAACGAAGAUUGGGAAACUAUCGCAAUGGAGGCUGGAUUGACCUCCGGCGACUUGGUUUUCCCAAUACCGUUUUGUCCUGAGUUACACUUUUCUGAGUUUUCAUCGGCCGUUGCUGACAUGAAAAACUCGGUGGCUGAUCGAAGCAAUGCUCAGUCGAGUUGUGCGGGACUUUUCAUUGCGGCUCAUUUAGGGUUCGAUUAUCCAGGGGUGUGGGUGCAUGUUGAUAUGGCAACGCCGGUGCAUUGUGGUGAAAGAGCGACUGGGUAUGGAGUGGCUCUUUUGACCACGCUCUUCGGUAAGUACUGUAAACAACCGUUACUUAAAUCCAUCGGCCCAGACUUAGAUGUCAAAAAUGAAAAUCCCGCCAAAAAAUUAAGAAAAAAAUAAUUGGGUAUUGGUUGGAUAAGGUUAAAAAGUGUGUCAUAUUUUACUUAAAAGCACUAUUAUGUUAAAAUUUUUGCUUCAUUAAUUUUGUAUCACUACAAAUAAAUUUUUUAACAAUUA